AUGUUGAAUUCGCUGGUGCUCUUGUCCCUAUUCGCCCUGGAGGCGAGCGCUUUCUGGCGUUUACCAUGUCGCCAGAGUUUGACUGUCGAGCGGAUUGAUCCACUUACUCAUUUUGGACUUGUCGGAGAACAUGUGCACACCAUUCAUGGUGGGAACAAGUUUAGUGAGUCGUCGCUAGAAGCAGAUUUACUGAAGAGUACUUGUUCUUCUUGUCAGGUUAAGCAGGAUAGAUCAGCAUAUUGGACUCCUGUCUUGUAUUUUCAGGAUGAGGCUGGCAACUUCAAUGUUGUUAACCAGACGGGUGGCAUGCUCGUGUAUUAUCUUCCCCGCGGUGAAAACGUUAAAGCCUUCCCCGAUGGCUUCCGCAUGAUUGCCGGUGAUCCGAAGCUCCGAAACUUUCCCUAUAAGGAUGUUGAAAAGUCUCUUUGGACCCCCGAAGACAUGACAGAGGCUGCCCUUCGUCAGAAAGCUAUUGGGUUUAAUUGUCUCAACUAUCACUUACCCGCCGAGGCAGCACUGGGAAUGAAGACCAUCCCCGAGAACCUCUCGUGCAAGGACGGUCUCCGAGCAGAGGUAUUCUUCCCAUCUUGCUGGAAUGGAAAAGACCUCGACUCUCCAGGCCACCGUGACCACAUGCGCUACCCAUCUCUCAUGGACGACGGAAAUUGCCCAAAGGGAUUCGAGACUAGGGUGGUAUCGUUGUUCUUUGAGACUAUCUGGGAUGUAGACAGGUUUGGCGGGCAGAAGGGACGUUUCAUAUUCUCCACUGGGGAUCCGACAGGGUGUGGGUAUCAUGGGGAUUUCAUGAACGCUUGGGAUAAGGAGGUUCUCCAGGAGGCGAUCAAUGUGUGCACUUCCCCAUCAGGUGUGAUCGACGAGUGCAAGGUUUUCGAUUUGUACACCGAGAAUGAGAUGCAUCAAUGCACCAUCAAAAGGACUGUUAAGGAGGACGUAGUUGGUCCGUUGAAGAAAUUGCCCGGAUGUAAUCCUGUGGUUGAGGGCCCCGAGUCAGCGAAGCAGGAUGCGUGCCCGGGUGAAGGACUCGACAAUCAUGAUCAGGACCCAUUUCCCUCCAAACCCAAGGAAACCAAGGGGACCGGACCUCCAGAACUCACCAAAACCUCCUCUUCUUCCACUUCCGCGAAAACCCCCAAACCGUCCGUCUCUCCCGCCCCACUGGGCGGAGCUAAAAAGCAUAAUGUCGGAGUUGCGGCCAUUCCGGACCCCACAAAUACUUCGGACCCAUACCUCGUCAUUGUCACUGUCACUGAGACGGUCACCCCACUUGAAACGACAACCACAAUCCCCGCGCCCCAUGGCCAGUACACCGCUCCUCCAGAGCGAAAGAAGAAGCGUGGUCUUCACAACCACCACAGACUCAAUGGGGGACAUCACAAGCACUAA